UUGUUCCCUCCCCGCUCCGGCUGCCGAGUGGGAGGGAACCGGGCCCGCCCGCGCCUUGCCCGCCGCUGUCGGGAGGCGCAGCAGCGGCGGAGCGGAGCGGGCGGCGGAGCGCAGCGCAGGGUCCCGACUCUCGUUCCCGGCGCUCCCUCCCCAGCGCCCGCGGGCCCGGGCGCUGCCCUGCGGCGGCGCGGCGAAGGGCCGGCAGGAUGGAGGCCGCCUUGCUGAAACCGGCGAUGAUGGCGGAGGUGAAGGGGAGCGGCGCCGGCGCGGCCGUGAGCGCCGAGCUGGAGGUGAAGAAGCUGCAGGAGCUGGUGCGCAAGCUGGAGAAGCAAAACGAACAGCUCCGCAGCCGUGCCGCCGCCGCCCGCCCGCCCAGCCCGCACCUGCUGCUGGCCCCGCUGCCGGCCCCCGCCGCGCUGCGCCCCGCCAGCCCCCCUGGGCCGGCUCCGGCUCCGGCUCCGACUCCGGCCGCGCCGUGCGUGCCCGGCCCGUUGCCCGGCGCCGCGCCCGGCCUGCAGGAGCCCCUCGCCUACUUCAAGGCGGCUGGCGGCGGGCAGGAGGCCGGCGGUGCGGGGGUUGCCACGGUGCUGGACGAGGUGGCGGUGCUGGAGCUGGAGGACGGAUGCUGCGGCCAGGACGAGGAUACAUGGUUGUAUGUCUUGCCUAACAAGACUGUCACUCUUCAAGAGAAAUCACUGAGUCCCCUGCAGUGGUGCAGACGUGUUCUGGAUCAUCCAAGUCCUGAGAUAGAGGCUGCAAAACGUUCCUUAUGCUUUAGACUGGAACAAGCUAGCCGAUGGCGGAGCCUCUUCUCUACACCUGUCUCCUUGGCUUUCCCCUAUAGUCCUGUUGCAAGACUCACCCCAUAUACCAAUGGCUUUAAUAGUCCCAGCUUCUCUAAAACCUCCAGUAAAGCAAUACUAACACCUGAACGGACAGGUUACAUUUCUAGGAGUUCCCCUUUGAGCCCUCAGUCAUCAAUAGACAGUGAGCUGAGCACCUCAGAGCUGGAGGAUGAUUCUAUUUCCAUGGGAUACAAACUGCAGGACCUCACCGAUGUUCAGAUUAUGGCCCGUCUACAGGAAGAGAGCCUUAGACAAGAUUAUGCUUCGACUUCAGCAUCAGCGUCAAGACACAGUUCAAGCGUGUCACUACAUUUGGGAAAAAAGGGGACGUGCAGCGACCAGGAGUAUGAUCGCUACAGCCUUGAGGAUGAGGAAGAAUUUGACCAUCUCCCUCCCCCACAGCCACGGCUCACACGCUGCUCCCCAUUCCAGAGAGGGAUCCCACACUCACAGACUUUCUCCAGUAUUCGGGACUGCAGGAGAAGCCCUACUUCCCAGCACUUUCCUUCAAGUACUUACCAGCAGCCCUACUAUUCUCCUCAAGUCCAAACUCCAGAACAGCAACCAAAUAGGAUGAAUGGAGAUAAACUCCGAAGAAGCAUGCCUAAUCUAGCUCGGAUGCCAAGUACCCCCACCAUUAACAAUACUGCUGGCUUUGCUAGUUCUCCAGUCACAGUGAGGAACAGUCAGAGCUUUGAUUCCAAUCUACAUGGAGCAAGUAAUGGGAUUUCAAGGAUGCAGUCAUGUAUUCCAUCUCCUGGACAGCUUCAACACAGAGUUCACAGUGUGGGACAUUUUCCAGUGUCUGUUAGGCAGCCUCUCAAAGCUACUGCCUAUGUAAGCCCAACUGUACAAGGUAGUAGUAGUAUUCCAGGAUCCAACAAUCUACAGUUACAUUCUAAUACUGGUAUCCCAAUGCCAAACAAGAUUGCCAGUCAAGGGAUUUUGGGGCGCAGUGCUCUUCCAAGACCCUCGUUGGCCAUCAAUGGGAGUGGCAUACCCAGAAGUAAAAUUGCACAGCCAGUUAGAAGUUUUCUUCAGCCUCCAAAGCCACUUUCAUCACUUACCACGAUGCGGGAUGGGAACUGGAGAGACGGCUGCUAUUGAUGAACAAUGCCCAUGAACAGUGGAAAAUAAGUAAUGCAGAUUUCAUACCCAGCUGGCUGGGUAACAAUGUUUUGGAAAAGGAUGUUUUGGGAAUUGCAUCACGCAAUAUUAUGUCCCCUGGGAUUUUAAUGUGUAAAUAUCCAUAAUGCAAUGCUGUUUUUUAAAAAGGAACAUCUUAUAAAAUACUAAAUAUUGCACUUAAUAAGUUUCCUGAACAGCUGCGUCAGACUAACAAUGGCAGAAUUGUUGUGUAGAACUGAAGAAAGUACUACAUAUGUGCAAAGUACCAGAAUAUUUCCUUAGAAAGAACUUGGAGUUAAGGAUUCUGGGGCAGUUUUUUGCUAUACUGAAAUACUAAGAUAAUUUAUUCAGUAUAAAGGCAUUGUGUAUUUUAUUUUGAAUUUUGGAGGGACUUACGUAUGUGCUUGGAUUUUUUUUUAGUGUUUCCAGUAUAUUUUAUUUUGUAUACUUGAGUUCAUUUAAACUUGCCUGAAUUGAACAACAGAGAGAUGAUUUAACUUUUCUGUGCCAUAAAUAAUAUUUUUGGGGUAAUGUACUUUUUUAGCACUAGGAACAUAUCUUACAAAAUUGUACCACUGGCAAUACAAAGCAGUGUAUUUAUGUUGCGAAAGCACAAAAAAAGUAGCACUCACUGGAGACUGCCAUCCAGCAGGGUCAGCAUGGUUUUGUUGGUCUUUCACCAUUUGUUCAAUUGUUAAUUUAUUGUCAUUGUGUUUUGUAUUUAAAUUGGCAUCGUAAGUUACACUGCACUUACAAAGAUAAGGUGAUCUCUAUGACUAUGUUUGGUUUUCAGUACUUUAUUACAAAGAAUAAAACUGUAAUGUUUUAUUAACAGUUGCUUAUGUAAAAUGAGUUUUAAUGUGAAUAAAUCUUUUUUGAUAGAUCUUUUACAAAAUCCAAUUGCACUAAUCAAUGCUUUCUUAUAAUGGUAUAUGACUUAAUAUUUGAUUACAACUGUGUAUACUGCUGUUUUGGAAUGUUUCAGAAAUAAAGAAUCUAUUUCAGCAAUAAUACUGUUCUUGAGCAUGCAGUGUAAGCUUUGUCAGAAUUUAGCAUUUGUCAUCUACUAAACUUCUGGAGUUCCUAUUACGUAGCAUUGAUAUUAUGCUGCAUUUUUGCAACUAGUAACUAAGUUCAUCUGAAUUUUUUUAAAAAAACAUGCCAUAAUAUGCCCAG